AUACGAAAGAAAAUUUUCUUCUCACUUUUAACCUAAGCUUUGAUGAAAAUACAUGUCUUUCCUUAUAAUGUGUUGAUUUAUCUUGUCUUUCCCCCGCAUCUUUAUUAACUUUUAAUUACUCUAAUUUACUCAAAUUGAACCCCUUUAGUGUUCCUUUACAGUUUCCAAUGGCACUGGCCAAUGCUAAUGUCGUAGUUAAUUGUGAUGAAGAAGUUAAACCCAAAAGACGUUACACCCUAAACAGUGGUGGUGGAAGGUAUAAUAAUAACAAAAGGAAACGUCGAAAUGAUAUUGUUUUACCAACCAAGUUUCUUCUUGGAGGAAAUAUUCAUGAUCCAUUGAAUUUAGCCUCUUUCUCUGGGGCAAUUGAUCAAGUUACUCCCGAGUCAUCACCGCUUCCCACGCCUAAACACAAAAAAGAAGUCGAAGUUCUAAUUCCUGUUAAUUUACACGACCCCUUAAAUUUAAACUCGAGUGAUCCCGAAGCGAUUUCGCCAAUUCCGGUCAGUAAAAUCAUUAAAAGUCGUAAAAGAAAGCGAAAACGAACCGAUUCAGAGACAACUGUGGACGAUGAGCCUGGUGGCAUUGGAGAUGGUGCAGCUUACAUCGAUGACAAGAAUAAACAAGAUUAUUCCACCAACAAAGAGUCCACUAACGAACCCAACGAGAUUGGUUCAGUGAAUGGUACGGAAAAUGAUCAGCACGAUGAAUCUGUGAUACCAAGUAAAUGUCCUAAAACAUCGUCUAAUAAGAAAGAGAUCGAUCGUGGAAAUAAAGGGACUGGUUCUAAUCGAGGAUCGGAUCGAGGAGCAGAUAUGUUCAAAAAACCAACAAAAGAAGGUGAAAAAAAUGCAACAAGAGCUUCCAAUAAUCAUUCUCACCACCAUCAUUCACGACCAUCGCACCCUAGAUCGGGCCGCAACCAAUCGCACGCUUACCACCAUUAUUCUUAUCAUCGUCAACGUCAACAACUUCAACAUCAACAGAUGCAACACAAGUUUAGACCUAAAGAUGCAAAAUUUCAAUAUGGAAAUUAUGAUCGAUACUAUGGUUACCGUAAUCAAAAUCUAACAACAGACCCUAGGUUGCGGUGUUUCAAGGAAGAAUGGUUUGAAGACCAAGAUAUUUUGGACAUAGGUUGCAAUGUUGGCCACGUUACCUUAACAAUAGCUCGUGACUUCAAUCCCAAGCAAAUUGUUGGGAUCGAUAUUGAUGAAAACCUGAUUAAAGCAGCAAAUCGUAAUAUUAAACAUUAUGUCAACAUUAAUCAAAACUCUUCUAGAAAAAGACUGGAUACCGAAGUUCUGAAUAAAAAUAAGCGUGACAUAACAAAUCCUGAUGCGUCAUCUUCAGAGACUAUCGUUGGAAACAAUGUUGAAUUAUCUCAAACAAAUGUUGAAAAGGAUAAUGAUAACUAUUUAAACUUAGACGAAACUAAAACUGACUCACCUCAACAACCUGGAUCUACUGAAUGCCUUCAGUCCCCCAAAGAAUCUCUUUCAGCGCCCAUUAAUAUCUCUACCGAUGUUGAUUCCACAACUAAUGCCGAAUCUAUCAAAGAGAAUCAACCAUCAACCUCUGAGUCUGUUUUAAAUAUUGACGAGAAGCCCUGUCUUGAUGUAGAUGUUACUCCAUCUAAAUCUUCACUUUCAGUUACGUCGACGACAGUACAAGAAUCGGUUGAUAUCAAAAAAGAAUCAUCAAGUUGUACAAUUGAUCAACCUUCACCCUGUUUAAUUCAACAAAAUAAGACAUCAUUAGAUAAUGAUAAUUCUCAAACUAAACAAUCUGAAGAAAAUUCAGCUACUUUAAAUCAUCCAAAGUCGCCACCAGCCUCACCAAAAUCUAUUUCUAAUUUACCUCAGCAAUCCAACGUAAAUAUUACAUCGACACAAUCGCAAUUAGAUGCAGCUAGUGAAGAACAAACUCAGUCGAAAAUCUCUUCUGACACUUCAACAACCAAAAAAAUACCAGAUUUUACCAAGCCUUUAUAUUUCCCUAAAAACGUUAAAUUUAUUUGCCAUAAUUUUGUUCUCGAUUCUGAUGAUCUCCUGAAAGAAGAAAAGCCUGAAUAUGAUUGUAUCCUUUGUUUGAGCGUAACCAAAUGGAUUCAUCUCAAUUUCGGAGAUGAUGGUUUGAAAAGAGCAUUUAAACGUAUGUACGCUCAAUUAAGGCCUGGUGGGAAAUUGAUUCUCGAAGCUCAGCCAUGGUGCUCUUAUAAAAAGAAGAAGUUUAUUUCUGAAUGCACGCUAAACAAUUACUGGUCAAUAAAGUUCAAACCAGAGCAUUUCAAUGAAUAUCUUUUAUCGAAAGAAGUUGGUUUUAGUACAUUGGAGCUUGUGGAUAUACCUGAACAUGCAUCGAAAGGUUUUCGCCGACCGAUAUUUUUAUUCAGGAAACUCAAGGAUAACACGUAAUUCUGUCUUUUCAAUAACUGUCCUGGUAUCUCAGUUCAUGAACUCACCAGUCAACAUAAUCUGAGUCAUUAUUUCGACCAUAGCAAUCAUCGUUGAUAUAAAUAAAUGUAGCUAAAACCGAGUUAAUUACCACCUUGAUUCUUAUUUUCUCUCAUUUAGUUCAUUUUUAUGAGAAACAUCUAUAAAAUAUAUAAAUAGAAUGAUGACAAUGUUAAAACAAUCUAUCUUAAAAGUAUCAUGCAUAUGUAAAGUUAAUGUAAAUUAAUCGUUUUCCUCUUUCUUUGUUAAAUGUUUUUUUUGACAAAUGGUUUUCCUAUUAACUUGUAUCAUUGAUCAUAUGUGUGCUUGAUUCGCGCUUUUUUAGAACAAUAUAAUAUUAGUACAACAUUCGAUUACCCUAAAAACAAAUCUCAAGCCGAUGAGGUUUAUCUCCAAAAAAGCACACCCUGCAUUGUAAACCCACAAAAUUUGUACUUUCAAGAUUGAAAAAACUUAA